GGAUGUUUUCGGUUCGACAAAAUGUUUGAGUUGUGUAUUACAGGAUCUAGAACAAUGAAGUGUUUACUAGUUAGUUACUUUAUUUUCUUGAAUGGUGCAAUCGGUCUUCAAUCUCUUACUGAAACCAAUUCCUUGAAUAAACCAGCGUUCUCCUCUAAUACCACUUCCGGUAAAGUGUCUAGCAUUUUACGGGAUAUUCUAAACCAAGAGAGCUUAGUGAGAUUCUCAAUGGUAUAGAAAAUGCAAGUUUGAUGAUGAAUGCCAUAGACAAUAAAAACAAAGUUCAAGUUUUGAAGAGGAUCCUUACUGAGAUAGCGAGGAAAUUGCAGGCUAUUGAGGCAAAAGAUCAGAGACUAGAGAACGAAAAUGAUGAUCUUAAACAAGCACUGCAGGAAGUCAACGACACCUUUAGUUAUGACAGAAACCUCACAGAACAAAAAUUCCAAAGCCUAAAUGAAACAGAAAUUUUUGUGCUAAGACAACUAAUCUCAUCCCUCCAGAAAGCUAAUGAACUACGUUCUAUGAAAAAUGCAGACAUAAAAGAACAGCUACUUGCCUUGAAUUCAAAAUACCUCAGUCUGUCACAGGAAAAUGAUGGUUUACAUCGUCAAUUGCGUCAGAUAAACAAUACAUUAAAUCAAAAAGAAUCACAAAACGAGUUCAACUUGAGAUUACGGAUGAUUGAUGACAAACUACGGAACUUUUCGCUCUCAGUGAAUGAAGAGAUGGGGUAUAUCCGUACCCUACAAAAUUCAUCCAAUGAACAACUGCUAAAAAUAUCUUCAAAACUAUCCUCAGAAAAUGCUAAUGCUCCUAAUAGAAGUUGCAUGGACAUUUUACGCGAUGACCCAAGAGCAAAAGAUGGAGUGUAUGAAAUAUCUUUGAAUACUGAAAUGAGAUCUGUGUACUGUGACAUGAGUACAGAUGGAGGCGGUUGGACGGUCAUUCAACGAAGGCAGGAUUUAUUUUUUUUUUGGAUUUUCGUCGAAAUUGGACUGAGUAUAAACAGGGAUUUGGUGACCCUUCUAAAGAAUACUGGAUUGGGAAUGAUGCGAUAAACGCCUUGACAAGGACGAAAGACCAAGAGCUUCUCAUUGUCCUCACAUCGUUUAGUGAAAAUGCCCAAUAUUCAACAUUUUAUGUCGGCGACGAGGAAAGUAAAUACAACCUCACUGUGUCUGGAUACUCUGGAACUACGGGUGACAGUCUGACCAGUCAUAAUGGAAUGAGAUUUUCUACGUACGACAACAAUAAUGACAAAAACUGUGCAAGACUUUUUCAAGGAGGCUGGUGGUAUAGUGACUGUGGUGAUUCAGACCUAAACAGGAACUACAGAAACAUAUUUGGUUUUAGGAGAGGUAUUGCCAAUGCAUGGGAAGGGGUUACAUGGUUGCUAGGAACAGUGAUGAUGACACGACCCAAGAGUUCUUAAAUAUAUUUUAAUAAAUUUUAGAAGUGCACAAAAAGACAGGUAUAAUCAUAUCAGCUAACACAAUUGUAACACAUAUGAGGGUGAAACGAUAUUCGUUCCGUGCAAUUUAAUUAGGAAUACAUGUAUAAUUAUGCUUUACAAGUUGUGAGUGGUCAUGAUACCAUAUUUCCAAUAAUUAUACUGAAAAUGCAUCUUCGAAUAUCAGACAUGUUGAUAAUGAUUUCUAAAGCAAUGAUUUGCAGUGUUCAUUUCCCAUCACCGGUGUGUCCACGGAUCCCUGUUCGUCCAACUAUCUAUUUUGUAUUGCUUAUAGGAGUUAUGAGAUUGAUCACUCCUCUUUAUAUUCACCUUUUUAAAUAUAAUAUUAUUAUAUUAGAUACUGUAACAAUGCAAUAUAGAAUUAUCUAUUCUGAAGUAGUUCCCAUUUUUCAUAUUUUCAUGUGCAAUAUAUGUUUGAAAAAUCACUUUUUUCAAUAAAAGUAACUUACUUAAAAAAAAAA